UGUUUGAUCGGGAUCGGUGUAAAGGCAGCCACCUCGAAUCUACUUUGUUGGCAUCAUCUGAUCUGUUUUUAUCUAAAUUUAGCCUGUUUAAACAUUUUUACAUCGAAGGAAAACAACUUCACGAUGUCUGAUUGCGGGGAUUCUAAUCGGAGGGCCGGACAUUUUGCCUGUUUGAUCCUUGCUCGCGGUGGGAGCAAAGGUAUUAAACUGAAGAACAUCAAAGCGCUCGCAGGACAGCCCCUCAUCGCGUGGGUGCUUCGCGCCGCCGUAGAUUCGGGAGAAUUUGACAGCGUGUGGGUGUCGACAGAUCACGAUGGUAUUGCCAGAAUAUCUAAGGAAUGGGGUGCUCAGGUACACAGGAGAAGCCCACAUACCUCCAGAGAUCAAGCCACUUCUAUCGAGGCUGUUCAAGAAUUCCUCAUAGAACAUCCAGAGGUAAAAUUUGUGGGCCAAGUCCAGUGUACAUCACCAUGCCUGCACCCGUCCCACCUCCAGAGGGCGUGUCACAUGAUCAGGAAUAUGGGCUUUGACUCUGUGUUUGCUGUUACUCGGAGGCACCUCUUCAGAUGGACGGAGACCCCCGUAGACAAAGAUGUAAGUACGAAGGCUGAGAACCUUAACCCUGCAAAGAGACCUCGUAGGCAAGACUGGUCUGGUGAGCUCUACGAGAAUGGAUCCUUCUACUUUUCAACAAGAGAGCUUUUGAUGGAUGGACUUUUCCAAGGUGGAAAGGUGGGAUACUGUGAAAUGCAGCCGGAAUACAGCGUGGACAUAGAUACAGACAUUGACUGGCCAAUCGCAGAGCAGCGUGUGAUCAAGUUUGGCUACUUUGGCAAGACGAAACCCCAAGGAGUAAAGUUGGUGGUCUUUGCAGCUGACGGUGUCCUUAUCGACAACCAAAUCAAUUUUACUGCCACCGGAGAUGAGUUCCGUUCUUUUAGCCGUAGUGACACCAUUGGUAUCAAGCAGUUACGAGAUAAAGGAGUGGAGGUCAGGGUCAUUGCAGAUGAGGAUAAUGAUGUCACCACUAAAUUGGUGGCUCGGCUUGGAAUCAGCAUGUUAACUGAAGCCAAAAGUAAGGUGGAUCGUUUGAAUGAAUGGAGGAAAGAACUAGACUUGGAUUGGAGUCAGGUUGCUUUUAUGGGUCGUGAUAUUCCAGAUCUUGAUUGCAUGAAGACAGUCGGAAUCGGAGGAGCACCCUGCGAUGCCCACAGUGACAUAACAACUACUGCCAAGUUUGUGGCCAAAGCCGCCGGUGGCAAGGGAGCCGUCCGAGAAUUCUGUGACCACUUACUUCUGGUGAUGGAGAAGGCGAAAUCUGCAGCAGAAAAUAGAAAGAUAUGAAGUCGUACCAUUGGGGUGUUGCAGGAAACUAACAGUCAAUUACAAACUAUUAUGGGGUCCUUCAAUUCUAUCGUAUGUAUUGCAAUUGAUUACCGUAGUGAUCUGCUUCUUGCCACAAGAAAUGGAAACUGCCAAUUGCAAAAUUGUAACAAAAAAUUGCAAUCUAUGGAAAUAUUUUCUUGCAACAUCCCUAUAGGUCCUUUAUUGACAAUCACAGGAGAAGUUCUUUAUAGUAUUUUGUUCAGAGGAUCCAUUACUUUUUUUAUAUUCUAAAAUGGUAAGGGAUAUAUGUAUGAACAUGCUCUAAAUGUUUUAAUAUGCUGCAUUUUAUUCCCUAUUUUUAAUUUUGCACAAUUCACAAACCUAUCACCACAAAUGUAUCCUUUUUCGCUAUAAAGCCUUUGGUACACUUGGACCCUGUGUCUUAAAACUUGAUAUAUCAUAGGUAAGUAACAAGCUAUUGAAAUCAUGGCUUUUGAUUGGUUGAUUGCACAUUUGCCAUAUGAAUUCAGUAUCUUUUAUCAAUGAUAAUCUUUAUUAAAUCAGGCCUUGAAGUUUAAUCACAAUUGUUUAUGUACCAACAAAUGCAAAUACAAAGAAAUUGUGAAAUAUAUUUGUGAAUGUAUGGACAAUUUGAAAAUGAAUGGAAUCCCUCCAUCAUGAAUGAAUACUAUAUUGAACCCUAAACUAAACCUAACUGAAAUUGAUAUGAUUGAUUUGUGAUUGAUGGUGCAUUGCGGCUAAUGAAAUCACUCUAACCAUUGCUCUUGUGUAGCUGUUUUAUAUUUAAUUCAGUAAUGUGAUAUUAAGUUGACAUAUUUGUUUUGUGCAUUGCCAGGCAAAUGCACAUUGAUGUUUGUUUAAUGCCACUGAAUAAUAUUGGGAUCAUCUUUAAAUAAAAAACAACCCUCUCCUGCAACUGAAGAUGAAACAUGUAGUACUAAAAGAUGGUACAACUAAAAAGAGUUUGCAUGAAUCUCCUCCGUCAAGACUGCAUAUAGAUUUUGUGUAUAUUUAUUCAAACCAGUAGAUAUUAAUUAUCUAAAUAAUAGCUGUAAAAACUUACCUUUGAUAUGAGAUUGAUAUUUUUAUUCUUUAAAUAUUUGAUUGGAUUCUUUUUCAUCACCAUUUUAAAACAAUUCCCAUAGAUGCAGUAUGGGACUUACAGUUUGGUAUUCUAAAUAUAUGUUUAUGUAUAACUUAUCUUUUUAUACCACUUUCAAAUUUCAAAGGGAGUUUGUUUGAAUUCUAUCCAAGUACAGGAACUCACAUUAUUUGGGGAAGAAGAACGAGUGCUUAUCAUCCAUAGUAGUCAUUUCUUCUCUUUUUUUUUCUACAUUUAAUACAAUUAUAUAUUCAUGCAGGUGACUUUACCUAAGUCAAGUCUUUUGGAACACAGAAAUCUGUUUGACUUCAUGGAAAUCUGUCCUAGAAGAGGUAUAUCACUUGUUUUAAAUAAUCUGGUCUAACAAAAUUGCUUUGACCUCAACAAAUAUUUGACUCGUGAAAGGUCAAUUACAAACUUUUUGUAUCAGCUAGUUUAAUGUGUUAUUUCCUGAAUAGCAAUAUAAUAUAUUCACCACUGAUGUGAGGUGGUGUAUUCAGUAUCUAUCUCUGGACUGAAUCACAAGGUCCUAGGUUCAAAUCCUGUAAUAUGACAGGCAAAAAGAUAGUAGGAUGGUGUAACCUGUUCAUACAGCUUCUUACACAUGACAUCACGCAGGACUGGUCAUCCUUUCUUUUGCUAAAUCAGAAUCUCAAUAAGUCAUUUUUCCAUCAGCAGAAGUUGAAAUCGGCUCCGGCUAUUAACAUGUAUAUUGAAUUUCAUUAUUCAAGCCUGUCUAAAGCUUUGGUUAACUUAAGGGUCAGUAAUGUGAAUUUCUAUCAUGUAUCAUCUUACACACUGGCGGAUCCAAGGGGGGGGGGCAAAGCUGGCCCGUGGGCCCCCCUCCUUUUGAGAGGCACGAUUACAAUUGGUAAUGUAAAAAUGCCGUUAAAACAGAAAUGU